AUGGCAGUUUCAAUUCCCUGGCUGGUAUUCCAGCUUCCACUGGGCAUCUGCUUGACUCUAGCACUGCUCGGACAAAUUGGAUGCCGACCGUGGAGCUCUGCCUCCCCAGACCCAUCAAGCCAUCCAGCAACAGAACAAGAACAGGAGAGACACAAGGUUCCUGACUUCAUCGAGUCAUGGGAGACGUACAAGAACUAUACCAACCAUCACAGACCUUUUCCAGGUCACGCCAACCGCCGAGCGGCCCUUGACGUUCUCCGGUCCCGGGUCCCGGCAUCCCGAGUCCAGGAGGACGACGACCCAGACCAAACCACGAUUUUCACCGAUAGAUACCGACUAGAGAUCGACCAGCGAGGGAUCCUGGGCCAUGGGGCCAGUGGCUACGUCUAUCCUGGCAUUUUGUCUUCUCUAAAUCUCAAAGAAACCCAGGAUGUCGCCAUCAAGGUCUCGCACCGUCCCCAUCUACUGUGGGAGGCUCAGCUAAUGGACCUCAUCCACGGCGAUCACCUGCUCCGCUCCCUGGAGACGGUAACCAUUCCCCAACCAGAGGAUGGCAAGGCUGCAGAUGGGCUGGUCUACGCAAUGAUCAUGCCACGCAUGCAGGGAAGUCUGCAUUCGUGGGCGGCCGGAUUGUCGUCGCGCGAGGAGCCAGGGCAGCGGACCCGCUCAGCUAUGCUGCAAAUGUGGGAAGGGCUAGUCCAGCUCCAUGCACAGGGCUUUGCGCAUCGCGAUGUGAAGCUCGCGAAUAUGGUGUAUAGAUGGAAUGAGACGGGGGACAUGCACGUUCUCCUUUCGGAUCUGGACCACGCUACCCCCGCCCGAGAGGUGAGAGGCAGUGCGGGAACUUUGGGGUAUUUAUCUCAAGAGAUUUUACUCAACCAAAAACACGAUCCCAUGAGCUCGGAUGUCUUUGCCAUGGCGAUGUCGUUCUUGGGGUUGGUCUCCCGCCGGAUGUCGUCUGAUCGGGACUUUCGCAUGCUGGUGUGGAAGAGUGUAGUUGACGCUGCGAAACAGUCGAAGAUAGAAACCACUCUGCUUCAACUGUUUGGUAACGGUUUAUCCGUGCGACAGGCGGGACUGUUAGCAAAAGCGCUGUGCGAGGAAGAGGGGAAAAACGAUGGCAGGUGGAUGCGGCGUAUCACGGCCCAGGAUUUUCUUGAUUACCCCGCCCCCCCCCCCAACUAUGGCUGUGAUACACAUACCCGUCAGGCGAUUCGGAGCCCAUUGCUGACAUUCAGUAUGGACCCCUUAAGCGCCUUCUCCCUCGCAUGCAACAUUCUUCAAGUCAUUGAGCUUGGUCAGAAAACCCUGACCCUGACCUUGAACUACCGCAAAGCCAGCACGGGCGAACCCCGCGAGCACGAAGAUCUGCAAGGAGUGCUGCAAUGCCUGAUCAGUUUGAAUGUCGACUUACACGCCUCGAUCCCAAAUUCUACCGACCCAGACAGUCUCACUCCGGCGCUGGCUCGGUUGAAGCAGGCUAACGAAGAGUGCCUUCGUCUGUCCAUCGAGUUCGUAGACUUGCUGAACAAGCUGAAGCUCCGCACCCCACAUGCAUUGCUAGAGUCCAUCCGGGCGAGCAUCAAGACGCUCUGGAAUCGCGACCGCAUGGAAGCCAUGUCUAAGGCUGUGGGUCGGGCUCGGGAGAAUCUCAACACCGCACUGCUCUUCUACCUCAAGGAUACCCAAGCCACCGUGGCGGGCCAGGAUCAGAUUCUCCAGUCUACGGCUCAGCUAGAGGACAACGUCUUAUCUGCACUGGAGGAACGUUGCGCGCUGAUCCGAGCGGAUGUACGCCAGGUUCUGGAGCAGGUGCAGGCAGCCGGCAUGAACCAAGCGGCAGAAACUCAGCUUCUCGUCUCGCAUCGGCAUCAGCUUGACUACCUUCAACGUCAGAUACAUGGCAUUCUCGAUCGACAAGAGCAUCUUAGGAACCUGGAUGAGCAAAGGAGACUAGCAGAAACCCACCAACUGUUCUUGGCUAGCAUCCAGUUCCCGCAAAUGCAGGAACGUGCACAACAAAUUCGAACUGCGCACGAAAAGACCUACCGAUGGGUCCUGCAGCCACAACACCCGAGCUCGGUGGUGGCUUGGCUAUCUGCUCCCACGGACACCGAACCGAUUUACUGGAUCUCCGGUAAACCGGGCGCGGGAAAGUCGACCCUAAUGCGCUACCUGGACCAAAAUCUGGAUUACGAGGAGCAUAUGCUUCCCUGGGCAAGAAAUGCGCUACAGAAGUCCUUCGAAGGACUCGUGCGGUCCUUGCUUGCCCAAAUACUCGAACAGCAGCCUGAGCUUAUAGCUCGCAUCAUGGCACUUGGACCAAAGUACAAUCCCCGAACUUGGGGCUCGAGUCAUGUGGAAUGGACCCAGUCUGAGCUAAUGAGUCUACUUCAUCUGUGCAUUGGCGCUCUGCAAGACCGCUACAAAAUCCUCCUUCUUAUCGACGGUCUGGAUGAAUAUGAAGGCACUGACGAGUUGCGACGGGAUGUAAUCCGAAGUCUGACUGGGUUGAACGGAAUGGCGAACGUGAAGAUAUGUCUGUCAAGCCGGCCAUGGAACGUAUUCCGAGACGCCUUCAACAGCACACCGCAACUGCGAUUAGAGGAUCUUACUUAUCAGGAUAUCAGCACAUAUAUCAAGACCGAGCUUACCAAAUCCCCCCGCUUUCGAUAUCUUCACCUUCGCCAGAAAGCCGAGGCAGACAGACUAAUCUUGGCGAUGACUGAAAAGGCUGCUGGAGUCUUCUUAUGGGUCCGGCUCGUGGUGCGCGACCUGCUUGAAGCUCUCCAGGAUGGCGAUAAUAUGGCUGCCCUGUCGCAAAAGCUCAACGGCAUCCCCGCUGACCUGGAUGAAUACUUCCGUAGGAUGAUUGAUUCGAUCCCUCCCCUGCACAGGAGAGAAGCGUCGAAAAUGAUCCAAAUUGCAUUACAUGAGGAGACCGCGUUCACCGCACUCCACCCGCUGCGGAUGCUUGACCUCCUGUUCAUUGACGAACCCGUCCUUGACUUUGCAGACACAAGCCCGUCGAACUAUCCCAUAUUGGAUCUGGCUGAUCGUGAAGGACUUGCCUUUAUGCUGGACUCCACGUACCGUAGGAUCAACAGUCGAUGUAUGGGCCUGCUGGAGUGCGUAUUUGAUCUGGAGUUUUCUGAUUAUUUUGACCUUACCACUCCGGAUUACUUGGAGACCUACGAUGGUCAUCAAUUCAAUUCUGCGCUUUGUACACAGGUUGCGGAGUCGGCAGAGAUAGGACACACAUUUAUGCUAACCAUCAGCUUCAUACAUCGCAGCUGCCGGGACUUCCUUCGAUCGCCUGAGAUUCAGGAAUUACUGCAUCGAAAUACCGGCGGCCCCUUUGACGCAAGGCGGUACCUGGUCAACGCCAGAAUCCAUCAACUUAAAGCCUUGAUGGUUGUUGGAAUCAAUCCGGAACUGAGUUUUGGCAUCGCUAGUUAUCUGGCGAGCGCACUAGCAGUGCCUGGAUGGAGGGAGUCCGCCCCAGCCAUCAGAGCAGCCCGAGUUCUGGACCCAGUCAUUGAAGCUCUCCUAUCAGCGAGCGAUCCCAACAGUAGCAUGAAUUUCGGCUGGUACAUAGGCAGAGUAGUAGAAAGGUGGGCGGACGAAAGAAGUUGUUUCCUGACUCUCGCCAUCGACUUUGAUAUGCGAGGCUAUGUCAGGGAGUGUCUUGGUCCAGCGCAAGUGCGCAACAAGGCUGGCCGCCCGAUCCUGGACCACGUUCUCAGACCGGAAUUCUACCAGUUUAGUGGCUCAUUGGGCAUUGGGUACUCGUUGGUCAGCCCCGAACUCGUGCGCAUUGUGCUCGAAAACGGGGGCAACCCCAAUGAUUAUUACCGAGGAGGGACCGUCUGGGCACGAUUCCUCGCGUGGACAGCAGGUUGCUUAGUUAAUUAUCUCACCGUUGACGCCGAAGUAGUUCAAGCCCAUGUUGAGUCAAUCGCGCUGCUGCUACAGCACGGUGCGACACUCGUUAUUCCUCAUUCCUGGCUUGCAAGCAGCAGUUCCAGCUGGGCCAAGGUCAUGACCCACCCGGAGUCGGGCCCGCAGGAGGGCGAUCGAUUUCGACGCCAGACAUCGCCUGUCUCAGCCUCCACUCACACGGCCUCCAGCGUGGACCAGCCAUGCUAUGCAGUGGCAGACCUCCUGGAAGCGUUCCGGCCAUGGUUCGGAGGGGAGAUCGACCGGCUGAUUGCUCUCGCGCAACGCUCUGCAGCCGCAUCUGUCCUGGCGCAGGGUAUCACGACUCUGCCUCUUCGGCCUAGGACCGAGCAUCUGCGACCGGGAGUAGAAUCUGUAUAG